GAGGGAGAGGGAGGGAGGGAGGGAGGGAAGAGACAGGCAGGGAGCUCAGGUUACCGCUGCCGCAUCGCUGCCUUCUCUCGCUUCUCGCUCCGGAGACACAGCCGAUGAUGCACCGCCUCGCUCGGGAUGGCUGGGCUGCAGGGGGAUCAGGGAGACUUCACAAACUGUAGCCGUCACCCCGCCGGUGGGAAGGGCAGCCCUCCCGCUCGCUGCAGCUCCCGCGCAACAUGGCCAGAGCCGCCGGAGGAUGCACUGCAGGCGUCUGAGGCAUGUGCGAGAGGAGUGCUGGACUGCAGGCUCCUGUAGCCCGUGCUUCUUGGGUCUCAGGCUUUUGUACAAACCUCCUUUGGAUCUGUGCAGAGCCAUGGAACACUGCACCGGUCAGUUUAAACCAACAGCUCUCUAAGACACGAAGCAGUGUCCAAACCCAGAAAUAAGUAAGAAGUAAAUAUGGUCAAGUCACAAUAGUCUAAUUUGACUGAAAUCUGGUAAACUGACCCAACAUCAAAUACAUGAUACAUGGCUCCUCCAGCAAAAAGAUUGGGAGCAAUUUCUGGGUCAGUGCAAGAGGCCCACAAGAUGCAAAGAAGAUGAAGAUGGGAGGAACCUGGCUGGGUCUGCCGGUUGGACACCACUUGCUGGCUCUGGGACACAAGCACUUUUCAAACAAAUGGAGAAACAUGAUGGAUUUCAGAAAAUUCAGGCUCUUUGUUUGCCUUGUAGGACUCAGCUGUGCUAGUUUCUGGUUAUUUUACAGCAAUUUGACUGAAUUCUGUAUCUUCUGUGAAAACAGCCAUGAUUAUAUAUUCCCCAUAGAGACUUUUAGGAGAAUUGGAGGCAACUUCUCGCAGCUCCCGGAUAUAGACUGCCAUAAGAACCCACCUUUCCUCAUCCUGCUCGUGACAUCCUCAUACCACCAUGUAGAUGCCAGGAUGGCCAUCCGGCAAACCUGGGGGAAGGAGAGAACAGUUGCCGGCAAGCGCCUGGUGACAUAUUUCCUCCUGGGAAGCACUGUGAAUCUUAGCCAGCAGGCUGAUAUCGCUGCUGAAAGCCAAAAGUACAAAGACAUUAUUCAAAAGAAUUUUACUGACACUUAUUACAAUUUGACUUUGAAGACCAUGAUGGGAAUGGAAUGGAUUCACAGAUUUUGUUACCAGUCCAGCUUUGUGAUGAAAACUGAUACAGAUGUGUUUGUCAAUGUUUUUUACCUCACUGAGCUGCUUCUAAGGAAAAAGAGGACCACUAGAUUCUUCACAGGCUUUUUAAAGCUGCACGAGUACCCCAUACGGAGAAGAGGGAGUAAGUGGUACGUGAGUAGAGAAGAGUAUCCGGGAAAGACCUACCCACCGUUUUGUUCUGGGACUGGCUAUGUUUUAUCCACCGAUGUUGCUAGUCAGAUCUAUAACAUUUCAGAGAGAGUUUCGUUCAUUAAACUGGAGGAUGUAUUCAUAGGACUGUGCCUUGCCAAAUUAAAAAUUCGUCUGGAGGAACUUCAUUCAGAGCAGACGUUUUUUCCAGAAAGGAUUAGGUUCUCUGUUUCUCGCUUCAAGAAAAUUGUGAUGUGCCACGAAGUAGAACCAUCUGAGCAGCUGAGCUACUGGAAUCGCUUAGUGACAGAAAAUCACGGAGGAGUGCUCUAGCACCUUCCCUGCUUGAAUUAACAAACUGAAAUGCUUUACAUUUACAGGGCUGCUCUUGACUCCAGCAAAACUCCAAUUAACUCUAGAUCCAUCACACUGAAGAAUUUUUUAAUGGUUAUUUUAAUCUGUUUCUGUCCUAGAACAGGCAAACCUCUUUCUCUCCCACUCACUUCCACCUCUUUGCAUUCCUUCUCUGCACAGGUUACAAUUAUUUUUCUGAAAGAUGCAGGACUGCAAACCUGACCUCCAAAUCUUGCUGCUGCAGGACUGGGAACAUCUCUGCAGUGCCAAACUAAAAGUUAAAAUACUUUUGUACAGAGAAGAAAAUUUACACCUUCUUCCUGGUCCCCCUUGAUAGAUUACUGCUUUUGCACCCAUCUGUGCAGGCAUUUAAGAAAAGGCGUUUGUAGCUGUCAGGACGUUCCCCUCCUGGCAGAGGGAACUGCAGCCCUGCCCUUGAGUCAGCUCUGUGUGGGCAGACCUGUGUACUGGCACAGAUCCCUCCUUCAGUCUACACACAUUUUCUUACAGAGAUGGAAGAAUUUGCCCAUGCAGCACUCCUGUGACAACCUUAGGUACUUCAUGUCACCUGGUAAAUGUGUAAGGCUACUGCAUCUGUUUCCCUAUAUGCGCCUCCUGCUGAAAAUGAUAUGUGGUAGAGCCGGAUCCAUGCUCAGUGGAGGGUGUCCUGGUCUUUCUAUUACAUAGACCCCGGAGACGUCUUUUGCGUUUGUGUCUCACUUUGAUAGCUUGAAAGCUACUGUAAAUGGCUUGCCAAAGCUAAACUAGAGUCACUUACAGUGAGCUAAACAGUACAUCUGAUUUAGACAUCUUUCCCUGUGAGGAACUGAGUGUGUAAGGGAGAAGUCAGGAGGAUUUUUCUCUUUUAACCAAGACCUAGUGGGAAAAUGUGCCCAAGUAAUCAUACAGGCUGUGAGCCUCAUUUCUUAUUUCAUUACCAAGCAAAGACUCAUGAAAUCACUAGGAUGUUUAUAGAUUUCAGAGAUAAGGAAUUGAGUCUUUACAGUAGAUGCUAUGAAAAAUACAUUUGGGCUAUGGAGGGGGAGAAAGGUGUUCAUAAAAUCAUGCCUUAUGCAUUACUCCUAUUUGAUUUACUUUCAUGCAAAGAAAAGAUCUGUUUUACCAGAAAAGAAGUAUUGAAUACCUACACUAUGUGUGAAGUGUUUUUUUCAGAGAGUAGUAAAAGUGGGGCUGCUCCCACGGGAAGAUGAGCCAGGAGCUGAGGGGAUUCAACAGCCGGUGGGGCUCAGCCCCACACACCCACAUGAGGGAGCAGGACAAACCCACCGAUGGUGGCCAGGUCCAACCAAGUAUCCUGAUCAUAAGUCAGUAUCAUGGUGAUGAGGUAGGUCUGAGGUCAAGCCAGCGAUGGCUGGGCCCUGGUGAUGACAGAUGGGGGUCAGGAUCAGACCCAGUGAGGGGAACCAGGGCACAAGGAACCAUUGCCCCAGGAUGGCAGGGCAAGGCCCUGGGGAUGGGGAUGUAUACUGAAUGUGGUAAAACACAUGAUGGAAAGACAGGCAAAAAUAUUUUAUUGCUUUGGGGUUAUUUAUUUUUAGUUUUUUUUAAUUGAAGUUUAUGAGGACUGUCCAAGUGACUCUUUCUACUUGCCUGUGUCUGAAGGACAGGAUAUUUUUGGCAGGAAUAUCCCUCAUCCUGAAAAGUGUUUAAUAAUGGUAAUAAUAUAUUAUUUAUUUUCUUCUCAUCUAGAGUAACCUGAGCUCAUGCACUUAUUUUUGACAACCGAUGAUGAAAGAAAUAGUGUUUAUUUGUUUGGUAGAAGAAAAAUCUUUAAGUUUCCCACUCAGAAAAUGGCUAUGUAGAUGGUGUUUUCAGGGAUAUGGCUAUCCAGGUGGUUGGGUGGGUGGCCAAGGAGGUGUUUGCCUUUCCCUAGCGUGUACCCUAUGCCAGGGGGUGGGCAGCCCAGCUACGGGUUGAACAGCAUCUCUCCCCCUCCCAUCCCAACUUUACGGGUGUAUCUGCCCUUGGACUCAAAGCCCUGCUGUAGCACACUUACUUUUGCAGUUGCCUUCACUAGGUGCGAUGGGUCAGACUGCUAAAGCCUAGGAACAGCAUUUUAAUCUCUAUUCUUUCCAUGUAACCUGCAGAAAUGUCUUUUUGCCAUUCACUGCUAUUGUACCCAAGGUGCAAGCUGGCCAUUGCUUUAAUUUAUGGAAAAAUGCUGCACAUAAAGGAAUGCUUCCUGGCCUCUCUCCUAGCUCCCUCUCUUGUGGGCUAGAGGGUCUGUGAAUUUGGACAGCAUAAUGCAGCCUAAUGUUCAUCCCGGCCUCUUCUUGUUCUUAGAUAAAUAACUCUGCAGUCCUUUGUGGGUCUCACUUCCACCUCUGUGCCUGGUGCCAACUUUAUCCCAGCUGGCAGGACCAGUCCAACCGCGCAGUCCCAGGGAGCCUGUAUCUUGGCAGAAUAGCUAUUAAUUUACAUAUGGAUGUGUUGACUUGUUCAUCUCCACUAGGUGUUGACAUCCAAGAAGUUUGGUGGCACCUGGCUCCUGGGACGGUGCAGCUGCUCUUCUUCUGUCAGGCUGAGUUCAUGGCCAAAGGGAAAGUCUUCCAUUAAGGAGACAGUAUUUUGGGUUGUUUCCCUGAAUGACUGCUGCUUGUGAGUGGCAUUAAAAUACGUCUUACCUGAGCAGUUUGUGGCUUUGUAUCAUCAUAAAAAAAGCUACCCUUGAAGGCCAACUUCUGCUAGACUUCUUGACUGUGGCUUUUAUUUUAGUUCAGGACUGUUCCUAAUUACUUGAAUAUAGUUACUAACUGAGAAGAUGGUGCUAUUCUCUGUUAAUCACAUUUGCAGAUGCUACCACUAUAUUUUGGGGGGCUAAAUUCAUAGCUACCAUGCCAUUAGAAAUGAGGUUCUCAGGCAUGUUUUAAGAAAUCAUCCCAUUCUGGAUACCCUUUCCAGGGAGUCUAUUUGUAAUUUCAGGUGACCCGUGCAAGAUUUUAUUUUAUUACUGCAUUCAAAAUAUUUUGUCCCCAUGUUGUUAAGCAUCUAAUGGCCUGCCUAUCUAUCUGAAGCAUUUGGGUUAUCACUGCUAAAUCUCUGAUGAGGUGUAAAUGAGUACAGGUUGAAAUGUUAUGGAUUAGAUAGCCUGUUCCUUUCCUUUUUGCAAAUUAUCUUCCCAAGUGUAUGCUUUAUGUUACUGCACAUUACUUUUCUCAACAUAUGAUUUUCUUUGUGCUCACAUAAAUUUGAAAUUAAUUUCAUAAUUCUCUCCAUUCAGUAGGCUGCUUUGAAUAAGAAUACAGUAAAUGAAUAAUUAAUUACUUAAAAUACAAGGUUAUCCUGCUGGAAAAUGUGAUUUAAGAAGAGUAAAUGAUUGCAUGUAAGUCAAAUUCAUUUAUUUAAACAAAGCCACCGUGCUAGUCAGUUUAUAUGUAUCAGCUAAAUGAAAUUGGUUUUUGCAGCUUAGGCCUUGGAUCAUGACUUUUAACACAAUCAAAACAGUAUUAGUUGCCAAAUUAUGUGUAUUUUCCUAUGAAAGACAUCACAAAAAGAUUGGAAAUAUAACUAGAACUGUAAUCAUAAUACUGCAGUGUACAUAUACUUAUUUUUAAAAUUUUGUAUAGGCUAAUAAAAGAAUUUAGGCAAUUUUGGGGCAGUUUAUCUGUAGAAGUAGUGCAUUAUCCUAACAUUUUUAUGCUUUCGAGGUCAAAUGAUCAUUAAAUCAGAUUUUUAUGAAUAGCUUUGAAAAGUUACUCUAAAAAGUGAAUCCAGUGUUUUUUAUAUAUUAGGAAGGAGUUUAAAAAUCAGCAAAGCUGAUUGUAUCUUAGAGUUGAUUACAGUUAUGUAUUUCAGCAUACUCCAUUUCUUCCAACACAAGAUCAGUUCUUGACUGUAGAAAAAUGAAUACAUUUUUCACAACUCUUAACUCAUCAACUAACAUUCUGAGUUUAGGUCCGCGAAGGAUUUGGACACACAUCUCAUCUGAAUCAGUAUUACUGAGGAGGUAUAACCCUUCUAGGCACCUUUGAGAAUACAGGAUAGAUUUUUGUAAUGAAACAUUUGCCUUACGUAAAAGCUGAAUGGAACACAAGGGCUAACUGUCUGUAAUGGAUCUGUCAGGAAUGCUGCUUUUCUUGGAUUUGUGCGGGUUACUAUAUAAUGUUAAUAUAAAAUGCGUGACAAUGUUUGCAUUAUUUGCAUAGAACAUGAGAACGUUGAGCUAACUAUUCAAUGUAUGAUAUUUUAGUAAAGUAUUUUGUUACCA